AUGGAUGCAUUAAAAGACUCGCUCAACACCUUGGCUGAAAUGUUCGAACAGAAGAUGAGCGAGUUCCAGCAGGGCCUAGAUAAUGGACCCAUUACAAACACAUCCUUGGCUGCAGAGUUUAACAGCUUCAGGACCUUUGUGCUCUUUGCCAUGAAUACUUUGCAGAGACAGGUGGAGUUCCUUGGUAUAGAGGUUGAUCGGCUGGAGAUGCGUAGAAGGCGCAAAAUGCUACUAGUGCACGGAGUCAGCGAAGAUAAGUCGGAAGAUGUUACUUCACGUGUUUGUAAAGUAGUAGGGGAACAUCUUGAUGUGACUGGAUUCUCUGUUGCUUCCAUCAAGUCAUCCCAUCGCUUAGGACGUCCUUCCGAAAAGAAACCUCGUCCUAUAGUGGUAAAGUUUGCGGAUGUAGCAUUGCGGGAUACGGUUUGGUUCUCCAAAACUGGAUUUAAGGCCAGCGGUUUAACUGUGUCAGAGUUUUUAACAAAGAGUCGUCAUAACUUAUUUAUGGAGGCAAGGCAGAGAUUCGGCAUAAACAAGUGCUGGACAAGGGAUGGAUGCAUCCAUAUUAUAGCCCCAGAUGGUUCACAUCACCGAGCUGAGUGCAAAGCUGACCUACACAGCAUACCACAGACAUCUAAACAGACAUCUAAGCCUCUGACUCAGUGUACUGCCAGUCUCACCUCCAGGUCCAAAAGAACAGUCAAAAAUAAGUAA